AUGGAUGUUUUGAGCAAGGCUCUUCCGGACGACUGCUUAAACAAAGCGGACUUAUUAAAAAACGAGAAGAACAAAAUUGGCGAGGACGAUAACGAGAAGGCAUUGAAUAAUGAAGAAAAUUUCCAUCCCACAAAUUUCGCCACCAACGGGACAAGCAACAGACGCGGCAAAAGCCCCCUCAGAGAGAAUAGCAUCCAAGUGGUAAGCAAGGAUGGUGGCGACGCAAAUGGAGCAGACAGCGUCAAGGUGAACCCUCAGCAAAUCACUCUGGAGGGAAAAAGCAACCGCUACGUGAACGGGGCGAACGCGAACGGAGAAGUGCACCUCGUGUACGCCUACGUGCUGAGUGACUCCAAAAAAACAAUCCUCUCCAACAGUGAACUCAUAUCCAUGCACAUAUCCGCUCACACAUCCGCGCACAUACCCACGCACAUCUCCACCGAUAAGGAUAAAAACUACACAGUAAAAAUGAAAAUAAAAAAAUUGCCCUCUCUGAGAAACGGCCACUUUUUAUGUUUGACCAAAAAUGGGGAAAUCCUCGCCAUAGGGGGAUGUGACGGGAAAAAAAAAUACGGACUGGUUGAAAAAUUCUGUGCAGACAAACAGACAUGGAAACAAAUAAACCUCAUGCAUUUUCCAAGAUCCAAUUUUUGUGGAGUAUGUACGGAAGAUGAUGACCUUUUCAUUUUAGGAGGGGAAGGCAAUCACCACAUUUUAAACAGUGUAGAAUACUAUGAUAGCAAAAUAAAUUCGUGGAGGUCCCUCCCCCCUCUGAACUGCGUCAGACACUCUGCUAGUGCAACCAUCUUUAAAAAUAUAAUUUUUGUGCUUGGGGGAAAGGACGGAAUUGGGGACUAUGGCAAGGUGCACAAAAGUAUGGAGAUGCUAAAUUUGAAGGACAAAAAAAUGAAGUGGAUUAUGGGUAAGCCUUUAAAGCAGGCGCGCCUCGGCCUUGCGACGGUGGUGUUUCAGGACAAGCUGUAUGCCAUAGGCGGAUCGACUGGCGUGAAGGACCUCAGCUCUGUCGAAAUAUAUGAUUUCCAGACGGGCGAAUGGACGGGAGGACCCAGCUUAAACUUCUCGCGUUCGAACUUUGUCGUCUUUGUUUGGAACAACCAGUUGGUGGCAUACGGCGGCGUGAGCAAGCACCGGGGGGACCUUAUAAAGAGGGCCGAAAUACUAAACGAAGAAGGGACACGUUGGCUGCUGCUGAAUGAAGAUGGGUCACCAUAA